UAUACCAAAUUUCCUUAUUUUUCCCUUCUGGUGACACAGGUAGAAGAGAAAAGAAAAAACGGCUUUUUGAUAAGAACAGUAUCAAAAACUCUGUUUCUAUAUAAACCAGAAUAAAAGGAAAAAAACCAGAGUAAUUAAUAUGAUCCCGUUAAUAGGCAAAGCUCAAUCUUUCUAGCCAACAAUCAUUUUUGCAUCUUUUUUACACAGUAAAAGAAAAAGGGUUUCUUUUUAAUUUUCUUUUAAAGAAAAUAAAAUUUUGGGUUCUUGGAGUUAUGAGUAAAGAAGACGAUGAUGACUUAGAAAACAGGGGAGGGUUAAAACAAUCAGCAGGGCGGUACAAAUGGCUGGCGAGCUUCCACCGUGAUCUGAUGGCGGGGGCAGUGAUGGGUGGUGUGGUUCACACGAUCGUGGCACCAAUUGAGAGGGCAAAGUUGUUGCUUCAAACACAAGAGAGCAAUUUGGCCAUUGUAGCUGGUGGGAGAAGGAAAUUCAAAGGGAUGUUUGAUUGUAUCUUCCGUACGGUUAGAGAAGAAGGCAUUCUUUCUUUAUGGAGAGGCAAUGGGAGUAGCGUUCUCAGAUAUUACCCUUCUGUUGCUCUUAAUUUCUCCCUCAAGGAUUUGUAUAGAAACAUAUUAAGAAACGGCUAUUCUCAUGAUGGCCAUGUAUUCUCUGGAGCAUCUGCCAACUUUAUUGCCGGAGCUGCAGCUGGUUGCACAACAUUGAUUAUCAUCUACCCACUUGACAUUGCUCACACUCGGCUUGCUGCAGACAUUGGGAGAACUGAUGUUCGUCAAUUCCGAGGUAUCUACCAUUUCCUGAGUACCAUACGUCAAAAAGAUGGAAUUCGGGGAAUUUACAAGGGUCUUCCUGCCUCUCUACAAGGGAUGAUUGUUCAUCGAGGCCUGUAUUUUGGAGGAUUUGAUACAAUGAAGGAAAUUUUGUCAGAAGAUUCGAAAACAGAAUUGGCAUUAUGGAAGCGUUGGGUGGUGGCCCAGGCUGUGACUACAUCUGCUGGAUUGUUUUCAUAUCCUCUAGAUACAGUUCGGAGGCGAAUGAUGAUGCAAUCUGGCUUGGAGCAACCAAUGUAUCGUAGUACACUGGAUUGCUGGAAGACAAUAUAUAGGACAGAAGGGGUGAUUUCAUUUUACCGUGGGGCACUGUCUAAUGUUUUUAGGAGCACUGGUGCUGCAGCCAUCUUGGUUUUGUAUGACGAGGUGAAGAAGUUCAUGAAUUGGGGUGGAUUGUAGUAGAAAGCAAUUUUUGACAGUUUUCAUUUUUGAGCAGAAGAAUUAGAGUAGAAUGAAAUUCAGGAUUAUAGCAGGAAAAUCUUGUAAAGGGCAACCGAGGUUGAUACUCUCAAAUGCAAAGCAUGCACUAGAUGACAUUCAUUUGCCACAUUACUUUUUCAAAACUUUGGCAAUUCACACCUGAAUUUUUUUUCUUAACGAAUAAAAGAGCAAGUUGGU